AAAUUUCAACAAUGGAGCAUAGAUAUUAAUAAUAUAUUAAUAUUCAUAUAUUAUUAUUAUGUCCCAAACCUAUCUUCCCCCCAACCCUCUUGCCAAUUUAACUUUUACCCUAGAAAUUCCUAUUUGUCGGAAUUCUGGGACUCUUCCUAGGUUUAAAACCUGGUAGGCAUGCUUCGUAUUCCUUCCCUCUCAUAUUCUAUCUUCCUACUACACUUUGUGGUUAUUCGAGUGAAUUUCUAUCUCCUCUGUUAGAUUUUUAGUUCUUAAGGGACACAGACCUUGUCUUAUCUCUCUCCCUGGGGCCCAUCACACAGCACAGCUCACAAACAGAUGCUCCCAAAAUGGUUACUGAACCUUCUGCUUGAUGCCUCAGGCUUGUCGACAUCCUGCAACUGUCACCUGCCUGAGAAAUUUCCUCUAUAAAUAAGCAGUUUCUGUUUCAGGUAUAAACCAUAGCCCUUGCUACAUAUGCCCCAUCUCUUACCCCACCCAGGCCUCAAACUUAGAAACUGGAAUUAGUGUUGGUAUUCAAAUCCUUAGCCAUGGUACCAAGAGUCAGCCCCCAUAAGAACCAAGUCAUUGAUGUGAAGUUCUUUUUUUCCCUCGACAUUCUAGCAGCUGUCAUUACAUUUGCUGGGGAAUUCUCGACGAGAUUUUACUUGUCCUCCCAUGCUGUUCUUUCUGUGGUUUCCUUGUUUCUUUUUGCGAUCCGGUUCCAGAUGGCUCAACAGUGCUUCCAAAAUGAAUAUUUUGACAGACUGCUGAAUGCUUGCAAACCGUGUCACCUUCGAUGCCCUAAUACCCCUCCUCUAAUAUGUCAGCGUUAUUGUAAUACAAUGAAAGGAACAAAUGCAAUUCUCUGGACCUGUUUGGGCCUCAGCUUGAUCGUUUCUUUGACAGUUUUCGUGUUGAUGUUCUUGCUCAGGAAGAUGAGCUCCGAGCCAUUAAAGGACGAAUUUAAAAACACAGGACCGGCUCUCCAGAAGAAUGCGAACGCAGACCUGUAUGAGAGCGACGAUGGCGGGACUGGUGCGGAAACUCUUCUUUCGAGAGGCCUCGGGUACACAGUGGAAGAAUGUACGUGUGAAGACUGUGUCAGGAGCAAACCAAAGGUCGACUCUGACCAUUUCUUUCCACUCCCAGCCAUGGAGGAAGGUGCAACCAUUCUUGUCACCACAAAAACAAACGACUACUGCAACAGCCUGCUAGCUGCCUCGAGUGUCACGGGGAUGGAGAAAUCAGUUUUCCCAGCUAAUUAACCAUUUCAAUGGUAUAGAGCUACUUGGAAAAUCUUUUGUCAGAAGAAAAGGAUGAUGUGUCGGAUCUGUUUAGGAUGAUUGUACUUAUCAGUGGAUGAUAUGGCUUUUUGUUCUCUAAUUCUGGAAAAUCUUUGUUAGAUAUAUUUUUCUACCUUACUGUUGGGAGCUUAGCUGUGGAAACUUCCUUGGUUUCAUGAUUAAAUUGACUCACUGAAAAAAAAAA